CUGGAGAGGUUGCCAUAAGGUGUGAGGAUGUUUCCAUCUAUUUUUCCUUGGAGGAGUGGGAGUAUAUAAAAGGAAAUCAAGCCCUUCUCAGAAAAACAAUAAAGGAGGAGGAGCCCCAGCAGCUCUGCCUAUUGGACGGUGAAUAUGAAGAUAAGAGAGAGAUUCCAGCUGAUCUGGGAGGAACAUUAUGUUAUAAUAAUGAGCCAAGCAAGAUUGGGGCUGAAGGAGCAGAUUUUUUUGCCAACGGAAAUCUUAGAAACCGUGAACUUUCUCCAGUGAAACAACCCACACCGGCCAAUGUGAUUAAAGAGGAGGCGGCUUCAUGGGAAGGGGGAAACCAAUUAGAUUGCAGAAUUAAUCCACUUACAGGACAGAUACAGGGAACAGAUACACUUACUACCAACAUGGUGACGUAUAACUGUUCUGAGUGCCAUAAACACUUUGGAACUAAACGCAGCCUUCUCAAGCAUCAGAAAACUCACACAAGGGUAAGACGAUUUGUCUGUUCUGUGUGUGAGAAACGUUUUAUUUGUAAUUCACAACUUAUUUUACAUCAGAGAAGCCACACAGGGGAGAAACCGUUCUCUUGUUCUGAAUGCGGGAAAUGUUUUUAUCAGCGCUCACAACUUAAUGAGCAUCACAGAACCCACACAGGAGAGAAACCAUAUUCUUGUUCGGACUGCGGUAAAAGUUUUGCAUAUCGUUCCGACUUUAACAGACACUGCAAAAUUCACAGAAGAGAUAAAACAUUUACUUGUUCCCAGUGUAACAAACAGUUCACAUCUCACUCAGAUUUUAUUGUGCAUCGAAGAAGUCACGCAGCAGAGUGGCCAUUCUCAUGUUCUGAAUGUGGAAAACAUUUUAUCCGUCGCUCACAACUUAUUAUUCAUGAGAGAAUCCAUACUGGAGUGAGACCUUAUUCAUGUUCCGAAUGUGGGAAAGACUUUAAAGAACGCUCGAGUCUCAACGCGCAUCAGAAAAUUCACACAGGGGUGAAACCAUUUACUUGUCCUCAGUGUGAGAAAUGUUUUAUUUAUCGCUCAGAUCUUAACAGACACCUAAGAUUUCACAAAAAAGAAAACACAUUUUCUUGUUCUCUGUGUGGGAAACAUUUCACUUGUGCCUCAAACCUUAAUGUGCAUCUCAGGGUUCACACUGGAGAGAGACCGUACUCUUGUUCUGAGUGUGGGAAAUGUUUUAAACAUCGUUCGCACCUUACUACUCACCAAAGAAGUCACAAGGAGGAGAAACCGUUUUCCUGCUCUCAAUGUGGGAAAAGUUUUAAUGAUCGCUCACGUCUUAUUGUACAUGAAAGAACCCACACAGGGGAGAAGCCAUUUUCCUGUUCUGAAUGUGGGAAAUGUUACAAUAACCGUGCAUGCCUUAGAGUCCAUAAAAGAAUUCACACAGGGGAGAAACCAUUCAGUUGUACCGACUGUGGGAAAUGUUUCCGUGAUCGCGGCUGCCUUCGAUUUCAUACGAGAAUUAACACAGGGGAGAAACCAUUCACUUGUUCUGAAUGUGGGAAAUGUUUCAAUAGCCGCGCCUGCCUUAAAUUCCAUAAAAGAACUGACACAGGGGAGAACCCAUUCACUUGUACUGAAUGUGGGAAAUGUUUUAUGCGUUGUGCCCUGCUCACUGCACAUUAUCAGUUACACACAGAGGAGAAACCAUUUCCUGACAGUAACUUUACUGAUACAGUGAGUAUUAUACAACAGAUACAGGGAACAGACACACCUGCUCCUAUCAUGGGGUGCAGCCUGAAUAACAGCUCGGCAGAGCAUUAUAAAUCGGUUGUUAUGAAAGAGGAGGCGAGUUCAUGGGAGGAAGAAAAGCCCCUCGCAGAAGGAACACAAGGAACAGACACAGCGACUCUCAUGGGGCGGAGCCUGAAUAGCAGCGGCUUCCCUAAGGAUACAGCCAGUGGUACUGAAGAGGAAUCGGAUUCAUGGGAAACAGACCAUAAUUACUGCAACAUAAAUACAGAGCAGCCCCUGGGAACGGACCAAUCAGCUCCCACCAUGGGCUGCAACCUGAAUACCAACUCGCCACUCGAUUAUGUAUCAUUUGUUAUUAAAGAGAAGGUGGCUUCAUGGGAAAGGGGAAACCAAUCAGAUUGUAGCAUUAAUCCCCUUACAGAACAGAUACAGGGAACAGACACACCUACUCCCAACAUGGAGAUGUAUAACUGUUCUGAGUGCCAUAAACAUUUUAGAACUAGAACCGGUCUGGGGAGGCAUCAGAAAACUCACACAGGAGCAAAUACAUAUGUCUGUUUUGUGUGUGAGAAACGUUUUGCGUGGCAGUCGGAACUUAUUAAACAUCAGAGAAUUCACACGGGGGAGAAACCGUUCUCUUGUUCUGAAUGUGGGAAAGGUUUUCAUUAUCGCACACAACUUACUGUACAUCAGAGAACUCACACCGGAGAGAAACCCUAUUCUUGUUCAGACUGCGGAAAAAAGUUUUCAUAUCGUUCAGACUUUAACAGACACUGCAGAAUACACAGAAGAGAGAAAUCAUGUACUUGCUCCCAGUGUAUAGAAAAUCACACAGGGGAGGGACCAUUCUCUUGUUGUAAAUGUGGGAAACAUUUUAAACGUCACUCACAACUUACUGUACAUCAGAGAAUCCAUACUGGAGAGAGACCUUAUUCAUGUUCCGAAUGUGGGAAGGGCUUUAAAGAUCGUUGGACUCUCAAUGCCCAUCUAAGAAUUCACACAGGGGAGAAACCAUUCACUUGUUCUCAGUGUGAGAAAUGUUUCGCUUAUAGCUCAGAUCUAAAUAGACACCUGAGAUAUCACAACGGAGAAAAACCAUUUUCUUGUCCUCAUUGUGGGAAACAUUUCACUUCUACCUCAGACCUUAAUGUGCAUCUCAGGGUUCACACAGGAGAGAGACCGUACUCUUGUUCUGAGUGUGGGAAAUGUUUUAAACAACCCUCACAGCUUACUACACACCAAAGAAUUCACACAGGGGAAAAACCAUUCACUUGCACUGAAUGUGGGAAAUGUUUCCAUGACCGCGCAUGCCUUCGAUUCCAUAAAAAAAUUCACACAAGGGAGAAACCAUUCAGUUGUACUGAAUGUGGGAAAUGUUUUCGUGCUCGCGCGGGCUUUAAUUUGCAUAAAAGAAUUCACACCGGGGAGAAACCAUUCACUUGUACUGAAUGUGGAAAAUGUUUCAGCGAUAGCGCAGGUCUUAGAUACCAUAAAAGAUUUCACACAGGGGAGAAACCAUUCACUUGUACUGAAUGUGGGAAAUGUUUUAUGCAUCCUUAUCAGCUCACUGCACAUUUAAAGUUACACACAGGGGAGGAACCAUUGCCUGACAGUAACUGUACUGAUACACAGUGAGUAACAUACGAUUAUGACGCUAUUAAAUUAUGAUUCCUUUUGGUCAGUGUAUUCUUCAUUUUUAAUAAACGUUUAAGCAACUGAGGAAAAACUGCACAGAAUAUUUUGUAUAAGGGGUUGGAUGGACAGAUCGCAUCCUACAAGUCAGAUGUAGUGUUGCAGGUCUAAAAACAGAAAACACAUUAGCCGACACAACUGCCAGGAAGGGACACUGCUUCCCAUGUUUUUAUCCAACACAAUAUGGUGUGAUGGAGUCUGACUUUCCUCAUUAAAAUACAAUAACUGUUGGAUUAGAACAUAGGCAUAGGACAAGACAAGGCUCACCCCUUUCCUCCUUACUUUAUGUAAUCUGUAUGGGGCACCUCCCAACUGCCAUUUGUAAAAAUGCAAAUAGCAGCAGCUUUUGCAAGUGAUCUUUAAAUUUCCUUUUAAUUUGAUGUAGGCAUUGAUAUUCUAAUACCCCAGUAUUACUCUUCUUCUACCUAAGUUUGCCACCUUUCUGAGGACUUAACUCUGAGUGAUGGGGGGGGGGGGUGGAAACGUGGCGUCAGUGGGUGGAGACAUAGCGUUGCAGGGGAUGGGAUAAUAAUGUUAAUCACAAAGCCCCCCCAAUUUGUUUGGGAAUUACUCAGUUUUGGUGGUUCUCCCCUGGUUUUCCAUACCCCAGCAGCAAUCUCCCGAUUUUUACAAAUUGUCCAGAACUCCUUCGAUGGAUUCCGGGUGUGCAUAUGUAGUAAGCAUUCGGUGAUGUCAUUUGAUACAUCUGCGCAUGCGUGGGUAGAAUUUUUUCGACUUCAGUGACGACUUUUUGCAUGUGCCAAGGCUGACAGCUCUGCGAUCACCUCGUCAGGUUUGAAGAGUCCUGCCCAUAUCGGGCAAGCAGUUUUGACCAGGAAAGCCCUUCCAACCCAACUUCCACCGCUAUGAACCUAUGGCCUUCCUGUUGAUUAGACAGAUCAUUAUGCACAGCCGUGGGCCACUAUCGUUUCAAGCAAAUAACCACAGGCAGGGGGUGAUUUCACUUACCCUUCAAAAACAACAGAGUUCAAGAUACCUUCUUAUUUUAUGGAGAACAGGAACAUCAUAAAAAAUUUGAUUUAUUUGCCUGAGAUGGACAAUAUGAGAGUGACCCCCGAUUCAGGGCAAAACUCUGAAUGGCUUGCCAAAGAACUCUCAUCUGUAGUAUAUUUGACGAUAAGUCUGGUCUUGGGUGAUUCCAAGUACCUUGAACCCAAUGUGAAAAACAGUGAGGUCUCCUUACUGGCCAACCCUUGGCCAAAUCCUCUGGACCUCUCCACCAAUUCAGUUCUUGACAGACAAUGGAUGGUAGCUUUAUCUUUUGGUAAAUGUUGGUCCUAUCCCAUUUCUUUAAGAAACACGUCUGUGGUGCCAUUGGGCCCAAGGGACUGGCUUGAUACAAGACUUCCUCAACCUAAUAUCUAAAUGAUCAGUUUCACUAAUGGAGGUGUGAGAAACUGUGUGAGAUUUACUUCUAUUUUGAUCUUCUUUUCAUCUGAUAAGUACAGAAACAUUUGCCUUGUAUCCACCUUAGCCCCAAGAAAUCUCUGAGAAGGUUUCAGUUUACUCUUCUCUUGGCUUAAUAUCCAUCCUUGAUUCUGAAACACCUUCCCUACAUGAGACUGAAGCUGGGUGUUAAAUCGUCCCUCAUCUGUAGGUUGUUGAGAUAAUGAAAUAUUUGAAUAUUCUGACUUCUCAGAUGAGCUAUUUUGGGGUUGCGGCACUUCCACUGCCGGCUUCCCAGUUCCAACUCUGUUAUUUAUAGGUGCAGGUCUAUAAAUAGAGGGGGCUAGCCAGGUCGGGUAGGGUUAGGGCUGGGAGCGUGCGGGUCCAGUAAAACUCAACCUACACAUCACUACUCUGUGUGUUCCCCUGUAGCUCCUUUCUGUUGCUGCUUAUGGCUCUUCCCUGCUGCACUCACCUAUGGAUUUGCCUGGGGAUCAUUCAGCUCCAUAGUAAGUCAGGCUGAAUAAAUACACGAGAACCAAGUUCAACCCUUCCAUAUCCCUCUACAUGUUCAUCCUAUGGAAGCAGCCAAACACUCCUGUUGUCAAUUCAGCCUCCCUGGGGGGGAAAUUAUAUUAAUUCCUGAUUACUCCCUGGAUCCGACCCAUUUCAGCUCCCCAACAAGGGGCACAUAACCUGCCUGCUCUUCAGUAAAGGCCCCUCAGUGCUGCCCUCUUGUCA